AUGAUGCGAACAGGAGCUAGGCAGUACGUGGUGGCCAGGCCGCUGUACUCGGAGGACUCCUUCAACGAGAAGCACAACAAGGUCUACAGACACCGCAAGACCAUGCUGGACCACGUCAGGCAGUACUUCAGCUGCGACGCCAAACGCGCCAAGAACGCAGCGCUGUCUCUCCUGCCAGUCAUCGGCUGGAUGAAGAUCUACAAAGUCAAAGAGUGGCUGCUCAGCGACGUCGUGUCUGGGAUCAGCACUGGACUGGUGGCUGUUCUGCAAGGUCUGGCCUACUGCCUGCUGGCCUCCCUGCCUCCAUGGUAUGGACUCUUCGCUGCCUUCUUUCCAGUCGUUAUCUACUUUUUCUUGGGCACCUCCAGGCACAUCUCAGUAGGCCCUUUCCCCGUCCUUUGCCUGAUGAUCGGCUCGGUGGUAACCAGGCUGGUCCCCGACGAAGGACCGGCUGCCAACAUCACAGGGUUUGAAGGUCUGACGAGAGACGAACAGAGAGUGUUGGUGGCGUCCUCCAUCACCUUCCUCGCUGGUAUAAUGCAGCUGGCGAUGGGAUUGCUGCAGGUGGGCUUCGUGGUGAUGUACCUGUCCGACACGCUGGUCUCCGGUUUCACCACAGCCGCUGCCAUCCACAUCCUGGUUUCUCAGCUAAAGUUUGUGUUGGGGCUCCAGGUUCCCGGCAUCAGCGGGCCGCUUUCCCUCAUAUAUACUCUGGAGAUCAUUUUCAACCAGAUCACCAGCAGCAACGUGUGUGACGUCGUGAUCUCCCUCAUCAUCAUGGUGGUGGUGUUCAUCGUGAAGGAGCUAAAUGACAGAUUCAAAUCCAAACUGCCCGUUCCCAUCCCCAUAGAGGUUAUCAUGACUGUUAUUGCGUGUGGAGUUUCGUACGCUUUUGACUUCAAGACGAGAUACGGCAUUGAAGUUGUCGGCCAAAUUCCCAAAGGAUACGAGCCCCCGGUGGCCCCAAACCUUCACAUCUUCCAGGAGACUGCGGUGGAAGCUUUCCCCAUGGCUAUAGUGGGCUUUGCUGUGGCCUUCUCUGUGGCUAAAGUCUAUUCUAUAAAACACGAUUACACGAUAGACGGGAACCAGGAGCUGAUCGCUUUUGGAGUUAGCAACAUUUUCGGAGCUUCCUUCAAGGCUUUCGCAGCGAGUACGGCGCUCUCCAGGAGUGCAGUACAAGAAAGUACCGGAGGAAAAACUCAGGUUGCUGGUUUACUUUCAGCUAUCAUAGUGAUGAUUGUCACUCUGGCUGUCGGAUUUCUUCUGGAGCCUUUACCAAAGUCUGUGUUGGGUGCCGUGGUCAUCAUCAACCUAAAGGGCAUGCUGAUGCAGUUCGGGGAGAUUCCGUACCUGUGGAGGAGAGACAAACCUGAUUGCGUGGUGUGGGUGGUCACCUGUAUUGCAGCCAUCUUGCUGGGGUUGGACCUUGGUCUGGGUGUUGGUCUUGGUGUGGAGCUGAUCUCCGUCGUCCUCAGGGUCCAGUUCCCGCGUUGCAGUUUACUGGCUAACAUCAGGGGGACGGAUAUUUACAAAGACAGGAAGGACUACACCAGUAUUUAUGAACCAGAAGGCGUGAAGAUCUUUAGAAUGCCAUCCCCCAUCUUUUUCGCCAACAUGGACUUCUUCAGGAACAAACUAGUGGAAGCUCUUGGCUUCAAUCCUCUGAGAGUGCUGAAAAAGAGGAACAAAGCCCUGAAUAGGAUCAAAAAACUGCUGAAGAAGGGUGACCUGCAGUGGACAGCAACGGGUUUCCUGAACACAACCAACGGAUACGUAAAGGAACCUGAAGACGACAGCGGCACGGAGGAGCUGGAACAGCCGGUGGACUACAGGGAGCUCCCCGCCCGCAUUGACUGGAACGCCAGGCUUCCUGCCAACAUCGUUGUUCCUCCUGUGGACGUCCACAGCCUGGUUUUGGAUUUUGCCGCCGUCUCAUUUCUGGAUAUAACGGCUCUGAAGGGGCUCAAAACUCUGCUGAAAGAACUGAUCCGUGUGGAAGUUGAGGUCUACAUUGUGGCCUGUGAUCAGUACAUCUUGGAGAAACUCCACAGUUGUUGCUUCUUUGAUGAUGAAGUUCAGCCCUCCAUGUUCUUCCUCACUCUGCACGAUGCCAUGCUGCACAUUCUGGAGAAACACCCAGAAGCAACAGGAAAGAGAUCAACCGAUGAUAAGAUACUGACAACAGUGACGGUUCACAAUCCCAGCAGCAGUUUGAGAAUCAAAGAUAAAAAUGGCCCGGGGCCGGCUGCGGAGACCAAGUUUUAA